AAAGAAUUAAAUUUAUAGCUUUUAAAGGCAAAGAUUUGUUUUAAGAUCCAUAAAUAAUAAUGAUAAUUUCUACUUCAAAAACUUUAGAUAGAAACCAAAUUUUUAACUAUCUCAGACUAAACAAAAAGGAUUAUGCAAAUGUUAAAAAAUAAAUAGAAGAACAUAAAAGUUGUUAGUUUAUUUUGCGUUCUUUGAGUGGAAAAAAUAACAUUAUUAGCUAAUUUAUUGUAAUGUUAUCAGAUGAAGACUCUUCUUCUUAUGUAGAGCUUAAUCCCUUUACAUAUCACGAUGAAUAAGAGAAAUACACAGAAGUAGAAAUAAUCAAGAAGACUUUAGAAGUUAGUGAAGUUGUCAAGAUAAAUAUUUCAUUUGUUUCUGAUAGCUUAAAUCUUGUUUUUUUACCUUCAGUCUUGGAUGUAGAAGAAAUCCUUAAGAGAUAAUUGAUAAGAUAAAAUUAGAUAUUCUGCACUAACACAAUUCUUAAUGUUAAAAUUUUGGAAAACUUAAUCGCAUUUAAAAUAGAUUCAAUUUCAUAUCAAGAUGCUUAUAUUCAUAAUUAAAUGUUUCUCUGCACAAACAUGAGCUUAUUCGAUAUACAGAUUGAUUAUUCUUCCUUGCUAAGAUUUAAUAAAUUUUAUAAAACACCUAAAUCGACAUAUUUGCAUGAAAUUAUUAACCUUAAUCUUGAUCAAGAAGCACAAAGUUAAGUCCAAAAAUUUAAUUAAUGGCUGAUUUAUUCUUCAACUCAUAAUGAUAAAAGUACAGAUUAUUAAUUUUUGGAUAAAAAUAGGGCAGUUAUAUCAUUCAAAUCGAAUGGAACUCAAUAGUAAGAAACAAAAUUUUAAAUCUUAAAAUACUUAAUAAAACAACAAAUUUCGCUGUUCAACAAAUAAAACGCUGAACUAAAUGACUCAAGAUAAGAAGAAAGCUAAAAAUUAUAUAAAAUUAGAUAUUUAAAUUUAAGGGAAAUCAGUCAAAUCAGCUAGCUUAAUCGCAUUUAAGAAUUUUUUAAUUAGUUGUCAUCUUGUAUUAAAAAGUAAUAAAAUAGUUAUUAAACACUGCUAUUAAUUGACUCUUGUGAAUAUUUUUUAGAGUAAGAUAAAUACAAUGAAAAUAUUAACAAAUUCAAUCAUUUCUUAGAAUUUAUAUAAAACCAGCAAGCAGUGCUCUUUGCCUUAUAACAAGAGUCAAAGAAUUAUUAUAGUUUACCUGAAAAAAUUACAAUUAUCAAACUAUGAUCUUUUAAAGUAGCAAUUACGCUAAUUUAUUGUAGACCCC